AUGAGCUCGGCUCACGUAGCCAUCGAACGCGGUCCCAUUGCCGACAUCUCCGACUAUCGCCCGACAGUUGUCGCCGACCCUAAGCCCAUCUUCCACAGAUAUAUUCAUAACGAUGAGGCAAUGCUGGCGGGUUAUCUUGGCUUCGGCCACAGUCUCUGCAACCUGCGCACCAUAGCCGUGAGCGGCCCAGUCUUAAAAUACGUGCCUGCCGCUUUCGCUCUCCUCGGCGUCCCAGAGCCUGGGUGCAAGCCUGGCGACAAGACUCGCGAGGAAGUUGCCUGCAUCUGGGCGCUUGCCUUUCUCUUCAACGAAAAGACCCGCUCUGUGCUACCCGACACGCUCCAGAAGAUCCAAGACAAGUACAAGAUAUCUUGGAGUGCCGUCCGCUCUCCAAAGGCCCAGAAGGAGCAGCUCGGUGACCCCAAGCGGCGCGGCCAGAUCCUCGCUUCUGUCCUGUUGGCCAUGCACCGCGACAUCCUCGCCGCGCAGCAGAUGCCUCCCGAGCAGUUCGAGUCCACCUUUGUGCCUGCCAUUGUGGCUCUCGAAGAUAACAACCCAUGGGGUGCUCCAGUCUACAUGCUGCCCAUGAUGCCGGGGGACAAGAUCACCUGGCCUGAUUGGGGUCCCAUCAAGGGUCACUGCGGCUGCAAGGAUGUGUGCGAGCCGCUCGAGGAGCACGAGGUUGAGGUCUAUCAUCGCUGUCUGAGCCUGAUCCGCUACACCAUCUACCAGCUCGAGCCUACCUACUUCUACAAGCACCUCGGCAAGUAUAUGAAGAACCAGCUGGACGGCCAGGUAGCUCUCGUCGCCGUCGCCAGAGUCAAGAGAGAGCAGAUCGAAGAGGUCGCCCAAGCCCGCGCCAAAUUGGUCGAGCAGCAGUGCAAGGGCAAGCCUAAUGCCAAAGUCGCAGGUCCGGCGCAGGCCUCUCCCGCCUCCCAUAUCGACGAGCUGGCGCAUUGGCUCUCGAGUGGAAUGCGCGGAAAGGUACCUACUGAUAUCCUGCUAGAGUUUCAGAGCAAUGUCAGAAAGGUCUACGAGAUGGCCAUCGAGCAGUACCCAGAGGGCGACUGGACCGAACAGGAAAAGAGGCUCAUGUCGGAGAGCUUCACCUGGAUGGUGACCCACGGUGCGGGAGGGCUGUCUGGCCCGCCUCACUGGACCGACGAGGAGCGGAAGAUGUACGCUGACCUCCACCAGCCCUUUGCCUUUCCGCAGGGUGCCAACGUCAAAUUUGAGGUGAACCAGGCGAACGAGUACCUCGGUGCCUUGGUCGAUUACAUGAGCAAGGUGAAGCUUGCCGAUGAGCAGGUGAUGAAAGCCAUGUCGGAGAAGCAGAAAGCGGCCCAACGCACCCAGGAGGCCACGGCCAAGUCGAACAAGGCCCAUCACCACCAGCACACCGAAAAGUCGCGCCUGCAGCAGCACCAGGAACUUCUUGCUCGCAUGGAAGACGUCGACUGA